AUGUUGCAGAGACGGCAGUUCCGCUGGCCCAAACGCCGCACUGCCGCCUUUGGAAUUUUGGCUCUGCUAGUGGUCUCCAGUCUCUCGUGGUACCUUGGUCGUGGUAAUUCUCCACGUUCCAAUGGUAUCAACCCCGUGCAUGAGCAAAUAGCCAGAUACACAGACACUUACAACAAUGCAACGAAUGAGAUCGGCUUGGUAUUAGCAGCGAGGAAGCACGAAGAUCUAAACUGGGUGCUGGAAUACAGUAGGGAUCACGGGACAAUUCCAUUUGUCUACACCACCGAUGCCAAGCCGGCGCCUCAUCUUUUGACUCCGCGUACGAUUCGUGGCCGCGAGGCCACCGCCUACCUCUCCUUUGUCAUCGACUAUUACGACAGACUGCCAAGUUACACCUUCUUCGUACAUUCCGAUCAUGACCAGUGGCAUAAUGACCUAUUUGGCCCCCAUACCGGGCCAAUUCUGCGCAAUCUCCGCUUAGAGGCUGUCGAUGCGCGAGGUUAUCUCAACCUCCGAUGUGAGCAUGAUCCCGGCUGUCCAACAAGUGUUCAGCCGUGGAGCCCGUCAAACCUCGAUAGAAAAAACCAUGAUAUCCGCGCCUAUUUUGCCGAGGUGUACCAAGUACUGCUUGAUGUUCCUGCCGACCAAGUUCCAGAGCAGAUUGGAAAUGUCUGUUGUGCUCAAUUUGCUGUUAGUCGGGCGCGAAUUCUUCAACGGCCCCGAUCCGACUACGAGCGCAUGUUACGCUGGGCGGAUGAAACAAAGCUGACAGACAGUUUUGGAGUUGGAUGGGUCUUCGAAAAGAUUUGGCACAUCAUCUUCGGGAUGGAGGCUAUAUAUUGCCCUCGAUAUGAACAAUGUCGGUGCGACGCGUAUGGCUGGUGUGGACCUUUGAUCUCGGGUGAGACUCUAACAGCAGUGCGAGCAAAUCAGACGUUAUGA